AUGUCGCCAUCUACGCCUGCGAUACCACCUAUCAAUGAGUCCAAAAUGAAGCUGUAUGAGAUGUUUGCACAGAAACAAAUUGCUCCACCUCCAAACUUGUCUCAUCCAGGCGUAGUCGCUUCAUCGUCUUCUUCUUCCUCCAGUAACACUGUAUUCAACUUUCCCGGAUUCCAGCCAUCAAACGACCUGUUUACAACUAAAGUGGAGCAAAUGUUGAUUGAAUUGGAUCGUCUAUUAAAGCAAUCGGGCAAUUUGCCAUUUUCAUUGUUACCACCGCACCAUGACAUUAUACUAGUGAUGCGACAGAUACCGCUGCUGAUAAAUCAGAGCGCACAGCCGACAUUACUGAGAUCUGUAGUGGAGAACGUCAUCUAUCAGUUGUAUCAGUCGAAUACUGGAUUAGCAGUGGAAGUUUAUUGUCGAUUUCUGCAGACCCUGUUGGAACUGUCACCAAGCAUAUCAAAAGAGACGCUGAGCUGGUUGUUGUAUUCGGAAGAUGAGAGAAAGAAUGAUGUGUGGGUCAUCACAUCGCUAGUGAAAUACGGCUUGAUCCCGCUAGAAGAAUUUGAUGUCAAGCUGUCAAAGCAAUUGAACCACAAUCCAACAGAGCAACACAUCGAGUUUGUAACCGAAAUACUGCAAAACUGUUUGUUGACAAUGAACCCCAUUACAUCCGUCGAGGAGCAUGUUUUAGUGGUCAAUGCAUUGAUGAAGUUGGAGUCGCCAAAGGCCGUUGAAUUAAUACAAGAUUUAGAGAACAGAUCAAAUCAACUAUACAAGCACCUGAACCCAAAGAACGACUCUUUCUCACUAAGACUACUGUUUGCAGAGUGGAUUCGAGUGUGUAGAAUCAAUACAACAACCAACACGCUAUACAAACAAUUUGCGCAGAGAAUAUUAUCACAGGUGUCAUCCAGCACAGAUAGAUUGUGCUUCUUUUUCAGACUCUCGACAGAAACAUGCAUCGAACUAUAUCCACCCGCUCGACCCCAAGCCAUCGAUGCGUACACAAAACUUAUUGGCUAUAUGGUGCGAUUGCAAGAGAACAACAUGGCAAGAAUCAAAAUGAUCUCGCAUGUAUUGUCUGUCAUUGUCCUUGUCAUUGCACAUCAGCACGAAAACCAGAGUAUCCAUUUCAACCAAAAGCCUUUUCUCAAACUACUCAGCUCAUUAUUUAUCGAACUGAAUAAUGCAACAAACCGAGACAAGCACGCUCAUGCUGGGUUCAUUACAGUAUACAGCAAUGUGCUGUACACGCUGGAACCCUCCCAAUUCCCCGGAUUUGCAUUUUCAUGGCUGCAGCUCUUUUCACAUCGACUCUAUCUGCCCCUUUUAUUCGCUACGGAUCAAGAAGAGGCAUCGCAAAAGGGACAAACCAUCUGCUUCAAACUGAUAUCUGCCCAUCUCUCAUUUUUAAAUCAACUACUUCAACAGAGAUCAUCCCGUCGAUUCACUCAAUCAGAAAAAGCAUUUUAUCAGGGCACACUCCGAUUCUUGGUUGUCAUGUUGCAUGAUUACCCCGAAUUUCUCUGUCGACACUACCUAUCACUGAUUCAGCUCUUGCCGGUGGAUUGCAUUCAAUUACGAAACGUGGUACUCAGUUCAUUCCCGAAAACAAUGAUCUUGCCCGAUCCAUUCACAACAUCAUUGGGCUACAUGGCCGCCAAUUCGACUGUGCCUGAACUGUACAUCAAGCAAGAUUAUUCUGAUAUCAUUGCCCUGCUGGAUGCUUACCUUACAGGCUCAACAAAGUCGGUGGGCCGCCAUAUCAUGAAGCAUCUCAGAAAUGACCAAGACCAGCAACUGGACAACAAGAAAUUGCAGCAACUGAUAUUCUAUGUCGGCUCACAUACAACACUAGACAUUGACAAAUCACUGUCUGAAAAUCCCGCAGUUCAAAUCAUCAAGUAUCUGUUAGCGCACAUGGAGGAGAGUAAAGAUCGCUACCUUGUCAUCAAUGCCAUUGUAGAUCAUUUGCGGUAUCCCAACACUCACACCUACUUUUUCAGCAUGACCUUAUUGCACCUGUUUGCGUCUCAGUCAGAACCUAUCAAGGAGCUUGUUACAAGGGUGUUAUUGGAGAGACUCAUUGUCAAUAGACCUCACCCGUGGGGCUUAUUGACAACCUUUAUACAAUUGAUCAAGGAGCCCAUGUUCACAGAGUACGAGUUUAUCAAAGAAUCUAUGACUCACUCUCCAGAUAUUAAACGCUUGUUUGAUAACGUACUCAAGUAA